AUGUACACUGAUCAUCAGGGCACUGAUGAUCAGUGUAGCCCCAGCAGUGCCACCUGUCAGUGUCCAUCAGUGCCUCGUGCCAGUGCCCAUCAGUGCCACAUAUCAGUGCACAUCAAUGCCACAUAUCAGUGCCCAUCUGAGCUGCCUUUCAGUGUCACCCAUCAGUUGCCGCCUAACAGUGCCAGUCAGUGCCGCCUAUCAGUGCCAUGUACCAGUGCUGCCUUUCAGUGCCCAUCAGUGAUGCCUGUCAAUGCCCAUCAGUGCCACCUACCAGUGCCUCCUCAUCAGUGCCACCUAUCAGUGUCCAUCAGUCAGCCUAUUAGUGCCCGUCAGUGCAGCCUCAUUAGCGCACAUCAGUGAAGGAGAAAAAUCACUUAUUUACAAAAUUUUAUAA